AUGACUGCAGCUGUUGACACGGCUGGUGUCAUGACUGCAGCUGUUGACACGGCUGGUGUCAUGACUGCAGCUGUUGACACGGCUGGUGUCAUGACUGCAGCUGUUGACACGACUGGUGUCAUGACUGCAGCUGUUGACACGGCUGGUGUCAACAUUCCAACAAUACACCAUUUCCCCCACACAUGCUCCUUUGAUCUGCACACGACUCCUGUACACGCGAGUCUGCUCAACACCUGCACACCGUACACACGUCUGCUCAACACCUGCACACCGUACACACGUCUGCUCAACACCUGCACACCGUACACACGUCUGCUCAACACCUGCACACCGUACACACGUCUGCUCAACACCUGCACACCGUACACAUGUCUGCUCAACACCUGCACACCGUACACACGUCUGCUCAACACCUGCACACCGUACACACGUCUGCUCAACACCUGCACACCGUACACACGUCUGCUCAACACCUGCACACCGUACACACGUCUGCUCAACACCUGCACACCGUACACAUGUCUGCUCAACACCUGCACACCGUACACACGUCUGCUCAACACCUGCACACCGUACACAUGUCUGCUCAACACCUGCACACCGUACACACGUCUGCUCAACACCUGCACACCGUACACACGUCUGCUCAACCCCUGCACACCGUACACACGUCUGCUCAACACCUGCACACCGUACACAUGUCUGCUCAACACCUGCACACCGUACACAUGUCUGCUCAACACCUGCACACCGUACACAUGUCUGCUCAACACCUGCACACCGUACACACGUCUGCUCAACACCUGCACACCGUACACACGUCUGCUCAACACCUGCACACCGUACACACGUCUGCUCAACACCUGCACACCGUACACACGUCUGCUCAACACCAGCACACCGUACACACGUCUGCUCAACACCUGCACACCGUACACAUGUCUGCUCAACACCUGCACACCGUACACAUGUCUGCUCAACACCUGCACACCGUACACACGUCUGCUCAACACCUGCACACCGUACACACGUCUGCUCAACACCUGCACACCGUACACACGUCUGCUCAACACCUGCACACCGUACACACGUCUGCUCAACACCUGCACACCGUACACACGUCUGCUCAACACCUGCACACCGUACACACAUCUGCUCAACACCUGCACACCGUACACACGUCUGCUCAACACCUGCACACCGUACACACGUCUGCUCAACACCUGCACACCGUACACACAUCUGCUCAACACCUGCACACCGUACACACGUCUGCUCAACACCUGCACACCGUACACACGUCUGCUCAACACCUGCACACCGUACACACGUCUGCUCAACACCUGCACACCGUACACACAUCUGCUCAACACCUGCACACCGUACACACGUCUGCUCAACACCUGCACACCGUACACACAUCUGCUCAACACCUGCACACCGUACACACGUCUGCUCAACACCUGCACACCGUACACACAUCUGCUCAACACCUGCAUGGGUAAAAUAAGUGCACGAAUACACAUGCAUUACGCCUAG